UUACUCUAUACUAUAGGCUACAGGAUAAUCACUCUUGGUUCUCUAUUGAGGUUGAACACUGCUGUAGAUUUUACAGGAUGACGGUGGAAGUGGGGACUGUUGCUUGAGCUAUACAGCAUGACAGAGGAGAGUACUUCAGGCUGUCAGGAAAUACUUCAGGAAUCUCUUCUUUCAGUGUAAAGAUCUGCCAAAAUACCAAGGAUUUGUCUUCUAAUUGGCUGUUGAGAUGAGACCAAGAGACGUUGUGUAUCCUGUUACUUUCCUCAUCGUCAUCAUCGUUAUGUGGGGAAUUUAUACCAACCCACCCUACAUCCAUCAUAGAGCAAGGGUUAUACAACAACAUAUCUUUGGAUCUCAAAGAGCAACUGUGGUCACUGCUGCUGUGCCCAAAAUCUCCCAUCCAAAAUGCAGCCUUUCCAAAAACUGCCCUAUCGAUCAUUUUGCAUUUCAAAUCAGGAGUGGAGCAGCGACUGUUGUGGGCCCCAAGAUCUGCUUUGAUGGUAACAUUGUUAUGAGUGGUGUGAUGAACAAUGUGGGACCAGGCCUGAACCUAGUGCUGGUGAAUGGUGAAAAUGGGAAGAUCGAAAAAUUUGACUACUUUGACAUGUACUCUGGAGAAUCAAAGGCCAUCUUGGACUUCUUAAAGACGAUUAAACCCGGAAUGAUUGUUCUGGUGGCAUCUUUUGAUGAUGCAGCGACAAAGAUGACUGAUGAAAUCAGGAACAUAUUUGCGGGACUGGGAAGCAGCAGUAUCAAUGAUGUCAAAUUCAGAGACAGCUGGGUCUUUGCUGGAGGCGCUGGGACAGAACAGAAAAGCCCCUUUGAGAAGCUGGCUGCCAAUGAUCAGAAGACCAAUGUUUAUGGAAACUGGCCAGAGAUGGUGGAAAUAGCCGGCUGCUUCCCCAGGAAGAUCUGACUAGACAUUCCAUACAGACAUCUCCGAGUAUACUGAUCUAGAAUCAUGUCCAUCCUGUCCAUGUAUUGUUAUUCAUUAUUAUGUCAAAGGCUAAACAGAUCCUGAAUCGGCACUCAUACUAUAUGAGACGUUUUAUAAGUACAGGCCUUGAUAGACGUCCUAUGAAAAUGGAUCCGGACUGGCUUGAUGAUUGACAGAUCAAACAAACCACUGUCAGGAUCACUCAACAAUAAGGAACAACUUCUCUGUUAAGACUGGGCAUUCAUUGUGUGUUUUUUCAUGUCAGAUUAUUAUGGUUACAGAAUUUUUUGCAAAAUAGAGGAGUUUCAAAGUAUGUAAACAAUAAAAAAUACAUUUUUAAGAAA